UGGAGACUAGUGUUCUUUUUGCCUCUUCUCUUUGGUCUUGUUUGUAACGUUAAAAUUCCCUACCAAUGUCUUCCUUCCGAUCUUGAUCGCUCCCCAUUUCGAUCAGAAAAACCCUAAUUUAUUUGAUUAAACCCUAAUCUGCUUCUCGGGGACUGUCAGAUCUGGUUUUCUUGACGUCCUUGUGCUUUGGAUUUGCUGAUCCGACCCUUCUCUGAUUUCAGAUUUGGUACUGUACGGAAGAUCCCAGAUUGUUGAGGACGGUUUAGGGUUUGAUUUCGAUUUUGUUAUCAAGCCAUGGCUACUCAUUUUCCUCCAGGGGCUCCCAGACCCAACACUCAGCAAGUGCCCCCACCAUCGAAUUACUUCCCAGGCUCACAGGGGAACCCGAAUCCGAACGAGUUAACGGAUAAUAUGCAGAAUUUGAGCAUUAAUCGGCCUCCUCCUCCGAUGCCCGGUUCAGGUUCUAGGACACCUCCUCCUUUUGCCCCGUCCUCGCAGGCUUUUCCUCUACAAGGCCCUUCCUUUGGCGGGCCUUCUACAAUGUCUCGGCCUGGACCACCUCCAGCUGCGUUGGCUAGACCAGGCGGUCCCCCUUCCGUGUCCCAACCGACAGGGUUUCCCUCAAAUUCUCCGUUAGGCAGAGCCAUCAUACCCCCUGUUGGCCAGCAGCCACUUGGUGUCAGACCGGCUGGACUUGGUGCUCUCCCUGCUGCUCCUUCGGGCGGUUUCCCAGUUUCUGGUCCAGUGGGUGGAAAAGCUGGAGCUCCUUUUCCUGGAGCACGCCCGAGUGCAUUUGGUUCCCCUCUGCCUUUGGGAUCUGGUAUGCCUGUGCCUCCUCCCUCAGGCAUGCUCGGCGGUCCAGUCAGUAGUGGGCCUCCAAUGGUGGGCUCAGGGCCAUUUCCUAGGGGACCUCAGUACCCUCCUGCUGUGGUUACUCCACAGUCACCCUAUUCACAGCCUCCUGCAGCAUCUUUCUCCCAGGCUCGCCCUCUUUCAGGGAGUUCACCGCUAACUGCACCUCCUGGUAUGGCUCCACCAGCAACUUUUCCUGGGGCACCUCAUAACAGGCCAGCGGUAUCUGGCUUGCCCUAUGGAGCACCACUCCAGCAGGUCGCUCCUGCUGCUGGUGUUUCUGGUCCAAUGCAACCACCAAUAAGGUAUGGUAUGGGUCCAUUACCGAAUCAAUCAAUGACCACUAUAUCCCCGGCAAUGGGUCAACCUGGGACCUCUCUCCCAGGUCCUUCGAAGAUCGAUCCUAAUCAGAUUCCAAGGCCCGGUCCAAGCAGCCGUCCGAUCAUCUAUGAAACUCGCCAGGGAAAUCAGGCUAAUUCUCCCCCGCCUGCUACCAGUGAUUACAUUGCUAGGGACACGGGAAACUGCAGCCCACGUUACAUGAGAUGUACAAUCAAUCAGAUCCCUUGUACAGUUGAUCUUCUAUCUACUUCUGGAAUGCAACUGGCAUUGACUGUCCAACCGCUGGCACUUCCUCAUCCUUCAGAAGAGCCUAUCCAAGUUGUGGACUUCGGUGAAAGUGGUCCUGUCCGAUGUUCUCGUUGUAAGGGCUACAUAAACCCUUUCAUGAAGUUUAUUGAUCAAGGGAGGAAGUUCAUCUGUAACUUGUGUGGAUAUACUGAUGAGACUCCCCGUGACUACCACUGUAAUCUGGGUCCCGAUGGUAGACGUAGGGAUGCUGAUGAAAGGCCUGAGCUGUGUAGAGGAAGUGUUGAGUUUGUCGCUACAAAAGAAUACAUGGUACGGGAUCCUAUGCCAGCUGCGUAUUUCUUCCUCAUCGAUGUCUCUAUGAAUGCGGUUCAAACAGGUGCAACUGCUGCUGCUUGCAAUGCUAUCCAGCAAGUCAUUUCAGAUCUCCCUGAAGGUCCUAGGACAUUUGUUGGAAUUGCAACAUUUGACUCAACAAUCCACUUCUUCAAUUUGAAACGUGCACUGCAACAGCCGUUGAUGCUCAUUGUUCCUGAUGUUGAAGAUGUUUAUACCCCCCUAGAAACUGAUGUUGUUGUUCCGCUUUCUGAGUGUCGUCAACAUCUAGAGCUUUUACUAGAAAGCAUCCCAUCCAUGUUUCAGGAGAGUAAGACUCCUGACUCAGCUUUUGGUGCAGCAGUUAAGGCUGCUUUCUUGGCGAUGAAGAGCACUGGAGGAAAACUUAUGGUGUUUCAGUCAGUUUUGCCUUCGGUUGGCGUGGGAGCGCUUUCUUCUAGAGAGGCUGAAGGGAGAGCUAAUGUCUCAGCAGGUGAAAAGGAAGCCCAUAAAUUACUACAACCAGCAGACAAAACUCUAAGGACCAUGGCUGUUGAAUUUGCAGAAUACCAGGUCUGUGUAGAUUUAUUUAUUACCACUCAGACCUAUGUUGACAUCGCAUCAAUUUCAGUCAUCCCGAGGACGACUGGAGGGCAGGUUUAUCACUAUUACCCUUUUUCAGCUCUCUCUGAUCCUCCUAAGCUUUACAACGAUCUUAGAUGGAAUAUCACUAGGCCCCAGGGUUUUGAGGCUGUAAUGCGUGUCAGAUGCAGCCAGGGCAUUCAAGUGCAAGAGUACUCGGGGAACUUCUGUAAACGCAUUCCCACUGACAUCGAUCUACCUGCGAUUGACUGUGACAAAGCUAUAAUGGUGACACUUAAGCAUGAUGAUAAACUACAAGAUGGUGCUGAAUGUGCUUUCCAGUGUGCCCUCCUUUACACUACCGUCUAUGGAGAAAGAAGAAUCAGAAUCACUACCUUAUCCCUCCCUUGUACUAACAAUCUCAGCAACUUAUUCCGCUCAGCUGACCUGGAUUCUCAAUUUGUCUGUAUGUUAAAGCAAGCGUCUGGUGAAAUCCCUUCUAAGGCACUUUCGUUAGUAAAGGAAGAGGCAAUUAAUGUUUGUGCCAACACACUCUAUUCCUACCGUAAAUUCUGUGCUACAGUUACCUCGUCUGGACAACUUAUUCUUCCUGAGGCACUCAAGCUUUUGCCAUUAUAUGUUCUAGCAUUAACAAAAAGUGUGGGGUUACGGACGGAUGGCAGAAUUGAUGAUCGUUCAUUCUGGAUUAACUACGUUUCUCCCCUGUCUACUCCUCUGGCAAUUCCACUGGUUUACCCCAGGAUGAUUUCCGUUCAUGACCUUGAUGCAAAGGAUAAUGAAGGAUCUGUCCUUCCUCCUCCAAUUCCAUUGUCAAGUGAACACAUUAGCAACGAAGGAGUCUAUUUUCUUGAGAAUGGUGAUGAUGGUUUACUAUAUGUUGGAGACUCGGUAAGCUCAGAUAUACUGCAGAAGCUCUUUGGUGUUCCGUCAGUCGCUGAAAUUCAUAGUCAGUAUGUGUUGCAGCUGUAUGACAAUCCACUAUCAAGGAAGUUCAAUGAUGUGGUGAAUGAAAUAAGGAGGCAAAGAUGUUCUUAUUUGCGUCUGAAAUUGUGCAAGAAGGGAGAUCCAUCAGGAAUGUUGUUCUUGUCAUACAUGGUUGAAGACAGGACAGCGAGUGGCCCCUCUUACGUGGAAUUCCUCGUUCAAGUCCACCGCCAAAUUCAGCUCAAAAUGAACUGAAACAGCUGAAACUCCUUCCCCUCCCUUUUGCGGAGUCACAAGAGGUCAUCUUUAAAACCUAUAUAAGUAUAUCUAUACACACACAUAGAGAGAGAGAGAAAGAGAGCAUAACAGAAAGCCGUAGAGUUGUUCUUCCUUGUACAUACAUCGUCUCGACGGGAAUCUUGAAAUGGGUAAGCGUUUUCAUAGAUGAUUAUGAUGGAAUGAUGAUGAUGAUCAUCAUCAUUUGUGCUCAAUGGUUACAAAACCCUUUGGGGGGUUCAUGCUUGUGGGUGGUUGGAAGAGAGAGCAGAGACACUUAAAAUGCCACUGAGAUUUUUUUUGGGGUUGGUUGGUUCCUGUGGCUUAGUGUUAUUUAUACAGAAGUUUUUGUAGUGAUCAUCAUCGGGUGUGUGUUGUAACGUGUUACUUAGACUUUCAGUCUCUCUUCUUUUUUGCUUCUCUCUUUUUUUUUUAAGUUUUGAAAAGAAUAUUGUUUUUUUUUUUAAUAUUUUGAAUUAUUAAACGAUUGAGUUU